CAAAAUAAUAAAUUCUCAAAUUAACAGGUUGAUCCACUCCCUUGGCAGAGACAAGCAAUGCCCAGAAAAUGCCCAGCCGGCCACCCAGGCAUGCGGCGCUGAAGGCGUUGCUUGUCUCUCUCAGUGUUUGAUAUGUUCCGAUCAUCACCAGAUUGAGGUAUACGCGCAGAGUAUUACUUUCGUAUACAUUUGGUGAAUCAAUGACUACGUCUCUCAUUGGAUCUCGAUUCACUUGCUUCUGUUCAUUUGAUCCACCUAGUCCCUAACUAGUAUUUCGAAUCUAUUACCUAGCCGGGUACGCAGACCCAAUCAGACCGACCCAAUGACACAACGCCAGUCACUCUUUGGCCUUGUAAUGGCCAUUCCGCGCCGUUCUAGAAGUGAUUUUCUCCACUUGAAUCCCACCACUAACUUCUAUCCAGUAUCCAUCCCCUCAGUUCACGCAUCGACCGAGCACGCCCUUCUCACCUUCCCACUCCCGGAGCAUAUCCACCGGUACGCACUGCGCCGAUGCAGGCACGAGUGGGUUUAAUUUCCUAUCGCCUGGCCCGGCAAUCUCGCCGGACUGGUUCGGACUGACCUUCGAUAUCUCCACUGGCGCGUGCCGGAUGGAUCCCUCCCUUCGGUCAGAGCACCCGAGACGCGAUACCCCGACCUAGUGCCGGAACGGAAAUUGCAAGACUCCACCGAUGUCACCAGUCGUGCGCUCAUCUAUGCCUGCGAUAGGAUGAUCCAGCUGUGCCAGAGCUGCAACUCUUCGGCUCCGAGUGCGCUUAGACCUGGUUCGAGGUCAGAACGUGGCUUUCCUAACUAACCUUCGGUUGCAUGGUUAGGUACUUUGCCUGCCAGCCAUGUCUAGCGGAUGGGCAGGGCGGCCAGGAUAAAUACGAUCAUCUGCGCCAGUCCAGAAGCUUUUUUCCUUUUUUUCUUCUUCGAGUCACAGCAUUUCUUUCCCUCCCUGAGCUGACAUCCUUUGUGGUUUUUGAACAUUGAGUUCACUUGCUACCGUGAUUCACAAUGGAUCCGACUACCAAGGAGGCUAUCUCCAUCGAGGAGAUGGAGGUUCACGAGAAGGCCGCCUUUGACGAUGUCAUUCGCCCAAAGGACUGCUAUGCCCCAGAUGGGACCUACUGGGCCGAUCUGCCUUUGAGCCAGCGUAUCAGCUUCUGCUUGGAGCAGGACCGCACCGAGGCGAGCAAGGAGUUCUCUUGGCUCUGGACGGAGUUCAAGAAGGACCCUCUGUCCCCAGUCACCCAUUACUUCAAGAACUUUGUUCUUCCUGGUGCCGGUCUGGGUCUUGAAGGUUACGUGCUCUUCUCCAUCAGUAACAACACUGCCCUUUUCGAUGCCUCCUUCAAGAACUGCUGGAAGGGCAAGACUUGCGACAAGAACUGGAUUGCUGCCAUCAACUACAUGGAGAUUGUAGGUAUCAUCGUUGGCCAGAUCCUCGUUGGUUACUUGGGUGAUUCUAUCGGUCGUCGUUGGGGUCUGAUUCAGGAUGCCGGGAUCAUGUUCGUCGGUCUCCUCAUGCUCGUGGCCGCUUGGGGUCUCACUGAGAACGGCUGGGUGAUCUGCUACGCCUGGUCUCUCUUCUUCUACUCCAUCGGUGUCGGCGGUGAAUACCCCAUGACUGCUACCAUUGGUAUGGAGAAUGGCUACGGCUCGGGCAAGAUCGUUACUUCCCAGGAUCGUCUGCACCGUGGCCGCUCCGUUGUCGGUGCCUUCAUGAUGCAGGGUUGGGGCCAGUUCGCCAACCAGGCCAUCCUCAUCAUCCUGCUCCUGAUCUUCCACCAUGGCACCGGUGCCCUUCCUAUUUCGACCACCGCGACUCAGUGGACUUACCGUGUCUCUUUCGCUAUUCCUGCCGUCGGAACUGCCUGGCUAGUCUACUACCGUACCUACCACAUGAAGGCUGCUAGUAAGCAGCUCGAGGCUACCAAAAAGAAGGCCUCCGUUACCGGUUAUGACACCGAAUCUUUGAAGCUCACUUUCCGUUACUUCACCCCUCGUGUUAUUGCGACCGCUGGUGGCUGGUUCGCCAACGACGUCUUCUUCUACGGCAAUAAGCUCUUCCAAAGCAAGUUUAUCAAGGUCAUUAGCCCUUCAAGCUCCAACAACGUUACCACUAGCUGGCUGUGGAACUUGGCCAACAUUGGUGUCAGCUUGGCUGGUUACUACUGCGCUACCUGGUUCAUCGAUACUAAGCUCUACGGCCGUAAGUGGAUGCAAAUUGUCGGUUUCCUGAUGUGUUUCAUCCUCUUCGUCAUCCCUGCCUUCAAGUUCGAAUACUACCAGGAGCCCGCCCACAUUCACUCCUUCCAGGCGAUGUACUUCUUGAGUUCGUUCUUCAACCAGUUCGGCCCGAACUGUGUCACUUUCCUCGUCGCCGCCGAGGUCUUCCCUACCCCUAUCCGUGGCACUGCCCAUGGUAUCUCUGCUGCCGCCGGUAAGCUCGGUGCCCUGAUCAUCGCCGUCAUCGGCUCCUACACCACCACCCAGCAGCAAUUCUACAUCGUUCCCUGGUUCGGUCUCGCCGGUGUCCUAGUGACCUGGCUGUUCCUCCCGGACACCACCGGCCUCGAUCUCCGCGAGCAGGAGCGUCGCUGGCGCUUCAUUCGUGAGGGCCGUGAUCAGGACUACCACGGUCCUGCCGUGCACUCUAAGCACUUGUCUGUCUGGGAGCGCUGGACCGGCAAGGGCAAGCAUUACGAUGCCGAGUUGGACUACAAGAUGAAGGUUGAGGAGUUCCGCGAGGAGUGGGAGGCUGCUAUUGCUGCUCGUGGAGAGGAGAAGACCUUGUUUGACACGGAUGAUGUUGAUGAGAACAUCCUGCACGGCUCGAUGCAUGCCUACUUUGAGCGUACUAGCCCGGAGAUCCGUGGUAUGCGCAAGGAGAUCCAGGAUCGCAUUGCCCUGCCUACUGCUGCUUCUGCUGAGGACCAGAAGACUCUUGCUGAGCAGUAGAUAUAUGUGGAUGAAAGGGUGCUGACGUAUGCUGCCUGUAUAUCGUGGUUUCGGAGAUGUCUGACAGGUUGUGUUUUAUAUUAAUGCUGGGCUGAUGCGAGAUGGAUUCCGGAGGAGGAAAUCUUGGCUGGCUGGAAAUACCCCCAAAUAUCAUAAUUUCUUUGUGUCUAUCAGAAUUACUACUGUGGUUAUCAUCAUUUUCAAGAAUACCGAAUGAACCUUUCUUCUUGGUCAAAUUUCGCAUGCUUCUUUUUAUAUUUCAA